GAUGUAACUCAUCUUUUCGACCACCUUGGCCGAUAAAGGACGACUUUCAUCUCCUUUUCCAUCCAAGCACAAAAUGAUAAAAUUACUUACAAUAAAAAGUUUAUAAAAAAAAAUGAAAUACCGUAAAAAAUCAUUUUAAAAACUCAUCUCAUCUCAUCUUACUAAAAAAAAAAAAGACUGAACCCCGUAAAAAAAAUUAAAAUCUAAAACCUCCACGCCGCACUUCGACAAGACAGACACCAUCUAAAACCUAAAACCUUAUUGUCUUGAACGGCCAGUCUGCGACCUACUCAACCUCCACUACCGCUCCAGCGCCGCCCUCGUUUCUCGAUUCUCGAUUCUCGGUUCUCAGUUUUGGUGGUUGUUGAAAACUGUGACAAAAUCAUGGAGAAGCCUGAAAACCAUUUCAAUAACGACGAUAACAGAGAAAAACAAGCAUCUCAGCUUGCUGCAUUGUUGAAAGAAAUGAAGGAAGGACUUGAUAAUGUCAAGAGUAAGAUUCAAACUUUAACUGCCAAGGUCAAAAAUCAAGAUUCUACAGCAGAUGGAUUCAGCUAUCUCGAAGCCAAAAAUUUGUUACUUUUGAAUUAUUGCCAAUCCCUUGUUUAUUACUUGCUGCGAAAGGCUAAGGGAUGUUCAAUAGAAGAACAUCCUGUUGUUCGAAGUAUUGUAGAGAUACGAUUAUUUUUAGAAAAGAUUCGUCCAAUUGACAAAAAACAACAAUACCAAAUCCAAAAACUAAUUAAAGCUAGUGAAAGUGCAACAAGUAAUACCGGUGAGAAGGAGCCAGCUGCAUCCAAAAAGAGUGAGGAUGUUUCAAAGUAUCGUCCAAAUCCUGAUAUGCUUGUUAGCAAAGUAGAACCAACUGCUGAGGAUGAUGGUGAUGGUGAUAAUGUGUACCGUCCUCCGAAAUUUGCCCCUACAUCUAUGGAUCUGGAAAAAUCUUCAAAGCAGGAAAGAAAUGCCAGCCGGAGAGACAAAGAAAUUCUGAAACAAGCUAAGCAAAGUGAUUUUAUCAGGUCAAUGGUGAAUGAUAUGGAAGACAGACCUGAAGAGAUAAGAGAUUUCGAGGGAACUAGUAGAGAAGUGGAUAAGUAUAUUAGCAAAAUGGAGGAUCGGGCUAGGCAAGAGGAGGAGCUGUUCAACCGUGUUCCUCUUUCUAGAGAGGAGAGGAAGAGAGAGAAGCACAUGAAGAAAGCCACAAAUGGGAUGCAAGGUUUAACAGAGAGUUUAUUUGACGAAGUCAGGGCAUUACCCUUUGAAGAUUAUACUAGAGAGCAAACAAUGGGAUCCAGAAAUGGUGGCAGAAGAAAUGGGAAGUUGAAGAAGAGAAAGAGGAAACAUUGAUGGAAGAAAAUUUGGGUUACAACCUACUACAGGACUCUACUGCUAUUUGGAAAACACCGCAUGCUUUUGGAGGAAGUAAUGCAAGGGAGUUUUGAAGCCAGAGUUGGAUAUGGUGCAUUCCUCCCUCCUUGGCUGUCAUGGUUUUUUUCAAUUCCUAUAUGCAAAGUGUGGAACUGUGGCUAAACAAGUAGGGUUUGUAUGUUCAAUUUUUUGUUAUUAUUAUCAUAGUCAUCAUUGAGAUCGGCCUGUGCUUAGUUCAGUGAGAACCUGGAUUUGAGAUUUUAGAAGAAAUGAAAUAUUUGUUUAUUGGCUGCUGUGUCUAAACAAGCGGGGGUUUGUAGAUUUUGAUUGUUUUCAUAUUACUAUUAUAUCAUCAUGAUUAUUAUUGUUGUUAUUAUUAA